AAACAAGGGCAGCACGCCGCAGUCCAUGCGUGAAGCGGUUUGAAAUGUUGUCCUGUUUGAAAGACAAAGUGGGAACGGUUCUCUUACCGGGAGAUGAGUUCUCCUUCGAUACCGGCGACACCAUUUCGCUGACAGAGCCCGUGAAGGCGGAAAAGAUUGUGUGCGGUCCUGGUUUGAGGCGCAGCGGAGACCGGUUGCUGGUGAGCAAGAGCGGAGUCCUGCGGCACAAACAGCCCAACAUGUUCUGGAUGGACUCCCAGCAGAAGAGGUACGUUCCCGCCAAAGCAGAGACUGUAAUCGGCAUCGUCACGGCUAAGUCGGGUGACGUUUUCAAAAUAGACGUGGGAGGAAGUGAGCAGGCAUCUUUGUCCUACUUGGCGUUUGAGGGCGCCACUAAGAGGAACCGCCCCAAUGUUCAGGUGGGGGACCUCGUAUUUGGACAAUUCAUUGUAGCCAAUAAGGACAUGGAGGCGGAGCUGGUGUGCGUGGACAGUUCAGGACGAGCCAAUGGGAUGGGAGUUUUUGGUGGAGGCGGUCUUCUCUUCAGGGUGUCGCUGGGUCUAGUCAGGAGGCUGCUGGCCCCCCGCAGUGAACUCAGAGAGGAGCUGGAGCAGCUCUUCCCCUGCGAGAUGGUCGUCGGCAUGAAUGGUCGUUUGUGGGUGAAGUCGUCGAGUAUUCAGCGGACACUUAUCAUCGCCAACCUGCUGGAGAGCUGCGAGAACAUGACGCCGCCGCAGAGACGCCAGCUUUUCCGGAGGGUGGCCCAGGGGGCCUUCUAGAGUCGCUUGUCACACCACAGAAAGACUUUGGUCACAUGGGUGGCGGGCCUUACAUCGGCAUGUAAGGGCCCCUUCACAUUAAAGGGUGGGAUUA